AUGAAGAUAAUCAAUUCGGUCGUUGUGGUUGGACUCUAUUAUGGAUUUCUGACCACAUUUUCCAUAGGGCCCUCUUAUCUCUUCCUUCUCCGAGCUCGGGUUAUAGAAGAAGGAAUCGAGAAGAAAGUAUCAGCAACAACUGGUUUUAUUACGGGACAGCUCAUGAUGUUCAUAUCGAUCUAUUAUGCGCCUCUGCAUCUAGCAUUGGAUAGACCUCAUACAAUAACUGUCCUAGCUCUACCGUAUCUUUUGUUUCAUUUCUUCUGGAACAAUCACAAACACUUUUUUGAUUAUGGAUCUACUACCAGAAAUUCAAUGCGUAAUCUUAGCAUUCAAUGUUUUUGUUGGUUGGUUAAUUGGUCACAUUUUAUUCAUGAAAUGGUUAUUAGAUCUAAUAAGUACCUUGUGUCAGAAUUGAGAAAUUCUAUGGCUCGAAUCUUUAGCAGAGUACCGUCACCCAUUGUUACUAAGAAACUGAAAGAAACCUCAGAAACGGAAGAAAGUGAGGAAGAAACAGAUGUAGAAAUAGAAACAACUUCCGAAACGAAGGGGACUAAACAGGAACAAGAGGAAUCCACCGAAGAAGAUCCUUCUCUUUCUCUUUUUUCGGAAGAAAAGGAGGAUCCGGACAAAAUAAAAAUAGAUGAAACGGAAGAGAUCCGAAUGAAUGGAAAGGAAAAAACAAAGGAUGAAUUCCACUUUAAAGGGACACGCUAUAAAAAUAGACCCAUUUAUGAAACUUCUUAUCUAGACGGCAAUCAAGAAAAUUCGAA